ACCCACUGCACCUCUCCCGCCACCUUCACCAUCGCCCGCCAUGUCGACCUCCGAGCGUAUGAUCUCUGGCAAAGAGGUUGCCAAGCACAACUCGAGAGAGAGCUGCUGGAUUAUUGUCCAUGGGAAGGUUUACGACGUCACGGAUUUUCUGGAUGAUCACCCUGGCGGGAGCAAAAUCAUCCUGAAAUAUGCAGGGAAGGAUGCAACCGAGGAAUACGACCCCAUCCACCCGCCAGAUGCUAUCACAACACAUCUAAAGCCGGAACAGCAGCUCGGCAGCGUCGACUUGAACACCGUGGAGAAGGUUGAGGUCACCAUUUCAGAUGCGGAGAAAGCUCGGCAAGAGCGGCUGAACCAGCGGCCAUCCCUCGACGAGAUCCUCAACCUCCACGAUUUCGAGACCAUCGCAAAACUCGUCCUGACGGAGAAAGCCUGGGCUUAUUACUCGUCGGCGGCUGAUGACGAAAUUACGAACCGAGAAAACCACGCUGCUUACCACCGGAUAUGGUUCAGGCCUCGGAUCCUGCGUGAUGUCACUGCUGUCGAUUAUUCGACGACUAUUCUGGGAUGCCCGUCAAGUAUGCCUGUGUACAUCAGCGCUACGGCUCUCGGAAAACUUGGGCAUCCCGAUGGUGAGCUGAAUUUGACCAGGGCAGCAGCCAAGCACGGCGUGAUCCAGAUGAUCCCGACUCUCGCGUCGUAUGGCUUUGAUGAAAUUCGUGAUGCUGCCGCGCCCGGACAGAAUCAAUUCCUCCAACUAUAUGUCAACAAGGAUAAGGCUAUCACGAAACGGAUCGUACAACAUGCUGAAGAACGGGGUAUCAAGGGUUUGUUCAUUACAGUCGAUGCUCCCCAGCUUGGUCGCCGCGAGAAGGAUAUGAGGCAGAAAUUCGAUGCUGAGGAUCCGGAUAAUGUCUCAAGUAGCGGACAGUCUGGCAAUGUCGACAGGUCGCAGGGAGCUGCUCGCGCCAUCAGCUCAUUCAUCGACCCCGGAUUGAACUGGAACGAUCUCAAGUGGUUCCAAAGCAUCACAAAGAUGCCCAUCAUCCUCAAGGGUGUGCAAUGUUACGAAGAUGCACUCGAGGCGUACGACCAGGGCUGCCAGGGCGUUGUCCUCUCGAACCACGGCGGGCGGCAGCUCGAAUUUGCGCGCUCAGGCAUCGAGGUGCUCGUGGAGGUUGUAACGAAGUUCAAGGAGCUCAGGGACAUCACCUUCCCCAACGAGAAGUUCCAGCUGUUUGUCGACGGUGGGGUAAGGAGGGCGACGGAUGUGCUCAAGGCUGUGGCGUUGGGCGCGACUGCUGUUGGUGUCGGACGGCCGUUCAUCUACGCGUUCUCUUCAUAUGGGUACGAGGGAGUCAGCAAGGCACUGCAGAUCCUCAAGGACGAGUUCGAAAUGAACAUGCGUCUCCUCGGCGCUCGCAACCUGAAGGAGGUCGUCCCUGAAAUGGUCGAUGCACACAACAUCCACCAGCACGUCGUGGCCGUGCCAGGUGACCGGUUGUACGACUCGAACUAUGAGAGCAUGCAAACGGCUCGGCUUAAGGAGGUCAAGGCUAAGCUAUAGAGCUCCGGAUAUACCGAUUCAGAUGUCUUGGAUACCAGUACCACCUUUUAUGCUUUCAAUAGUACGAGCUAGUUUCACGGAUAUGUAUGACUGUACGACUUCAGCUUGUAUCUCGACGACUCUUCGGAAUUGUCGGUACACUGGCAAAAACCCACUUAUCCCACGAUAAGCAAGAGGUUUACC